AUGCACCGCUACGCCGCUCUCGGCUUCUUGCCGGUCGCCCUCGGGUGUCUGAACCCCAACACCAAUGCCUGCGCCAGUUACAUCAGCGCCAACCAGGCGACCGCGUCCGCCUUCUGCGCUACCUUCACCCAAAGCGCCGUGACAGCCACCACGGGCCUUCCCUCCUGGGCUUCCAACUGCGGAAACAAGCCGAGCCAGAUCUCCAAGGAGUGCUCGUGCUACUUCACCGGCGGCAGCGGCCCGGCACCCACCUCGGCCUCUGGGAAGCCGACCACGCUGGUGACCACGACGGCCAAGGCCACUCAAACAUUCGGCGGCGUCACCACCACCCUGCCCAAGAGCUCCGGUGCCACGGCCACGUCAAAGCCCAUCACCGUUGCUGCCGGGCAGACUUACGACGGCGGCAUGAAGAACUUUGAUCGUUCGCCCAAGGUCUGCGCGGAGCAGGAGGAGACGGGUGAGGCCGAGGCCAUGUUCGUCCUCCAGGACGGUGCCACUCUUUCCAACGUCAUCAUUGGUCCCAACCAAGCUGAGGGUGUUCACUGCAAGGGCACCUGCACCCUGAUCAACGUCUGGUUCGAAGACGUCUGCGAAGACGCCAUCACGCUCAAACAAUCCAGCGGCACCUCCAACGUCAUCGGCGGCGGCGCCUUCCACGCGUCCGACAAGAUCGUGCAAUUCAACGGCUUCGGAACGGUCAACAUCAAGAACUUCUACGCCAACGACUACGGCAAGCUGCUGCGCAGCUGCGGCAACUGCAGCAACAACGGCGGGGCGCGGCACGCGGUGCUGGACGGCGUGGUGGCCGUCGACGGCGGCGUCCUGUGCGGCAUCAACACCAACUACGGCGACACCUGCACCGUCACCAACAGCUGCCAGGAUGAUGGCAAGAGCUGUGAUCGCUUUACGGGGAAUAAUAGCGGCAAGGAGCCGCCCAAGAUUGGGAGCGGGCCGGAUGGGACUUUUUGUAAGGUUUCGGGGCUCACCACGAACUGUUGA